AUGGUGAUCUCGGUCGCCACGCCCCGUCGCUCCAUCCGCGACGCCGUGCUGGGCGGCGUGCUCGGCGCCGGCGGUCGCCAGCUCUACCAGCCCCUCCGCUGCGCCUUCUACGACGGCGCGGCCGGGGGCGGCAUCCCCGGCGACGGCCUCGCCGCCGCGCUCUCCGAGGUCGGCACCGAGGGCGGCGCCGCCGGCGUCGGUGGGCUCCCGUGCGGGCGGAAGGCGGCGAAGAACGUGCUCAUCCUCAUGAGCGACACCGGCGGCGGCCACCGCGCGUCCGCCGAGGCCCUCCGCGACGCCUUCCGCCUCGAGUUCGGCGAGGCCUACCAGGUGUUCGUGAGGGAUCUGGGGAAGGAGUACGGCGGGUGGCCGCUGAACGACAUGGAGCGAUCCUACAAGUUCAUGAUCCGCCAUGUCCGGCUGUGGAAGGUGGCGUUCCACGGCACCUCGCCGCGCUGGGUGCACGGCAUGUACCUCGCCGCGCUCGCCUACUUCUACGCCAAUGAGGUGGUGGCCGGGAUCAUGAGGUACAGCCCCGACAUUAUCAUCAGCGUGCACCCGCUGAUGCAGCACAUCCCGCUGUGGGUGCUCAAGUGGCAGAGCCUCCACCCCAAGGUGCCCUUCGUCACCGUCAUCACCGACCUCAACACCUGCCACCCCACAUGGUUCCACCAUGGCGUGACGAGGUGCUACUGCCCGUCGGCGGAGGUGGCGAAGAGGGCGCUGCUCCGGGGGCUCGAGCCGUCCCAGAUCCGCGUGUAUGGUUUGCCGAUCAGGCCGUCCUUCUGCCGCGCCGUGCUCGACAAGGACGAGCUGAGGAAAGAGCUCGACAUGGACCCCGAGCUGCCCGCGGUGCUACUGAUGGGCGGCGGCGAGGGGAUGGGCCCGGUGGAGGAGACGGCGAGGGCGCUCGGCGACGAGCUCUACGAUCUCCGGAGACGCCGGCCCGUGGGGCAAAUGGUUGUCAUCUGUGGCAGGAAUCAGGUGCUGCGGUCCACGCUGCAGUCGUCGCGGUGGAAUGUCCCCGUCAAGAUUAGAGGGUUCGAAAAGCAGAUGGAGAAGUGGAUGGGCGCUUGCGAUUGCAUCAUCACAAAGGCAGGUCCUGGCACCAUUGCAGAAGCCUUGAUAAGGGGACUCCCAAUUAUCCUCAACGACUUCAUACCUGGACAGGAGGUCGGGAACGUGCCCUACGUGGUGGACAACGGCGCGGGCGUCUUCUCCAAGGACCCCAGGGAAGCCGCGAGGCAGGUCGCCCGGUGGUUCACCACUCGCGCGGAGGAGCGCCGGAGACACUCCCGCAACGCGCUGAAGCUGGCGCAGCCCGACGCGGUGUUCGACAUCGUCAGGGACAUCCACCGGCUCCAGCAGCAGCAGCAGCCGGCCACGGUGACGCGGAUCCCUUUCUCCCUCACCGCGCCUUUCACUUACAGCUUGUGAAACCGCAUCGGAGAGGUCUGCCUGCCUGCAUGCCUUGGGAAGAUUGGUUCUCCUUGCUGAAGAAUCUGUACAUACAAAUUAAGUUGGAAUUCUUUGGCCUUGGGGCGGUUUGCUAGUUCGUUUUGUCCAAAUGUGUAAAUGAAAUAAGAACAGAUG